UAUCAAAACAUAGCAUAAAAGUUGACAGUCAUUCAUAUUUUCAUUUUGCGGCAUAUUUUUUAAUUAGGAAAGUAAGGAGCGUUAUAUAUUUAUACUCCAGGAUUUUUCAAUAUUUUUAAAUAUGGAUAAAAAUGUAACAGUGUUGACACCCAAUGGACGCAGACAAGUUGUGAAAGUUUCGCCGAAUACAACUUUAUUACAAAUUUUAGAGGACGUUUGUACAAAGCAUAACUUUGAAAGUGAUGAAUAUGGUCUAACACAUCAUAACAAAGAGAUUGGGCUCACACAAAUGUUUCGCUUUAGUGGGUUACCAAACAAUUGUUUACUUGAAAUGACAAAAUUAGAGAAAAGGCGUGUCGCUUCAACGGUUGAAAUUUGUGUGCAAAUGGAAGAUGGGUCACGACAGCAGAGCGAAUUUGCAGCAGUAGAUGAUCUCUGGCAAGUUGUAGAGAAACUUUAUCCUAAAGAAGCAACUAAUUUUGAGCAUCCUGUCGUAAUAUAUAUGCGUACUGAAAUUAUCGGCAAAGAACGGAUAUCAAAAACAACAUUAAAAUCAUUAGGAAUUACAGCAGGUAGAGCGAUGAUAAGGUUUAUAAAUAAAAAACCAGAAGAACUCAAAACACAAGCCAGUGUCUAUGUGGCACCCGUUACUAGCCAACAAUCCAAAGAAGAAGAUGUGAACAUCAAAAAGUCACGUACUAAUAGUAGUGGUGGUAGUGGAGGUUUCGCUGUAACAAAAGAUCUAGUUGCAUCGCUUAAACAAAAUGCAGUAACUUCCAAAGCAGUUGCACAAUCUGGCGAUACUCCUAAAAGCGAAGCAGUGAGUGAAAAACCAAAACCUAAAUACGAUUGGGGUUCUGGUUCUGGUCGUUCAAUGCGUCCCGAAGAUGAUUUAGCAUUACGUGAAGCAACUGAACGAGCCGAAAAAGAAAAAUUAGAAGCUUAUAUGGAAAAUGAACCAGCCAUAAAUUAUAUAGGUGAUCGAAAUGCAUUACUCUUCUCGCUAGAUACGAUUCACAAAGAGUUAGAAGAGUAUGGCGAUUCAUUCUUUGAACUGACAGUGAACGACUUAAAAUUAAUAUUACGUGAUUUACGCAAAGAGGCUAGUGGAUCUGAAAAUGCACCAUUGUUGACAGAAAAACUACGUCAGCUGGAAGAAAGUAAAUCAAUGCUUAAUAAAAUUUCCGUUUAUAAAAAUUGCAUUAUUCGUAUACAAUUUCCUGAUCGCCAUGUACUGCAAGCUGUUUUUAAGCCUAUUGACACAGUUAAGGAUGUAAUGAUUUUUGUGCGAAAAUUUUUGAUAAACGAAAAAGCAAAAUUUUGUCUAUUUAGCAUUCCACCUAAAACUAUUUUGCCUUUGGAUAAAACGCUUUUAGAACUGAAUUGUGUACCUACAGCACUUAUGCAUUUUGGAUUAGAAGAUGAGAAUGAUACUUCGAAGGACUAUUUGAAACCUGAAUUUCUUACUAAACUGACCUCAGCUGAAGGUGCCUUAUAUGCAGCUAGAAAAUUACGUAUAAUGAAGCCCAGAGUAGUAACUCCAGAUGAACAAACUGAGAACAAUGUCACAGAUUACCAAAGUGAACAGCCAUCAACAUCUACAGAUGGAAUGCGCAGUAAAAAUUCAUAGUCACAUUUUCAAAAAAAAAAUUGAAAAAAUGAACACACGAUAAAUAUUGGGAUUAAACAGUGAUUUUUAUUAGUACUUUCUAAAAUUGCUAAUAAUUUACAUGCAUUCAUAUUAUUAUUAAAAAUUAAAAAAAUA